UAGGCCUUAUGUUCAUGUUUUACGCACAUGUGUGAAAAGCAAAUCGUGCACCUAUACUGUAUUAUUGUUUCUUUAUAAAUACAUUUUGUCGGAGAUGUGCAAGGAAAAGUAAACAGUUAUUAAUAAAUAUUAAAGUUUGAAUACAGCUGUGCUUAUUUGUAUAGAACUGUAAUUCUGGAGUGAAAAUAAAAAAUGUGUAUUGCAACCCAACUUUUUAAAACAUCAAUUACCUAAAUACUAUUCAACUAAAAACUAAUCAACUGCACUUUUACAUGUUAUUGUUUUCGGUGAAUGUAAACAUUAAACGUUUGAGAUAAAAAAUAUAUUUGAAAGUGCAGGUUAAAAUGGCACGUCUGAAACAGAGAGUGGAUAUUUGUGCUGAUUGUGGGUCUCCUGAACCAAGCUGGGUGUCUCUAAACAGAGCAAUAUUGUUGUGUGACGAAUGUUGUAGCAUUCAUCGCAGCUUAGGACGUCAUAUUUCCCACAUUAAAUUUCUUCAUAAAGGACCUUGGAGUACAUCAAUGUUGAAUAUGGUGCGGACAUUACAUGAAAGUGGAGCGAACAAUAUUUGGGAACAUUCUCUUCUGGAUCCAAAUAAUUCUAAAAAUAGUAGAAGAAAACCGCAACCUAAGGAUCUGUUGCACCCUGUUAAAGAAGACUUUAUUCGAGCUAAACAUCAGCAACUUGUCUUUAUUUUGCGCCCAAGUAAAGAAGAAUUUUGUACAGAGGAAGAAAUUUGCAGACAAUUGCACAGUAGUGUACGAACUACUAACCUUGAAACAUCUCUUCGUUUGCUAGCACAGGGUGCAAACCCUAAUUACUUUUAUAAGGAGAAAGGAACAACGCCUUUACAUGUAGCAGCUCGCGCAGGUCAAUCAUUGCAAUUAGAACUUCUUAUAGCUAAUGGAGGAAAUCCUAGUUUGGUUGAUUCAAAUGGCUACACUUCUGCUGAAAUUGCAAAAAUGGCAGGACAUUUGGAAUUAUCGGAAAGACUUGUAGAAAAUAUGUAUGAAGUGACGGACAAAUUGAGUUUUUUCUUAUGCGGACAGAAACCUAAUCACAAAGCUGGACAGCACUUAAUCAUUCCAGAAUGGUCCAGAGAAUCAGAUCGUGGUGAAUUUUCUUUAGAAGCACGGAACAAGUUACAAAUGUUACCCAAUCAUUUGCUAGAAGAGUUAGCAAUGGACGUUUAUGAUGAAGUCGAUCGUAGAGAGACUGAUUCAAUUUGGCUCUCAGUCGCUUCUCUUCCGGACAGAUGCGCAGUUCCAUUUUUACCUGUGAAUCCACGUCUCUCUUCUACUAGAAAUCAAGGAAGACAAAAAUUGGCUCGUUUUACGCCAAAAGAAUUUGCUACUCUUAUAUUCGAUUUGCUCAUCGAAACUGGUCAUCGACAUAAACUUGCCAGUCAAACUCCACUUCAAGAUCCCAUGGUAUCAGCACUACGAAGAGAACAAUCAGGAAAAUAUGGUUCUCAAGCGUCAGAUGAUGAGCCUCUUUACGACAGUGUCGCAUCUGACGAUGACUAUACAAAUUUUGCUUCUGAUAGUAUAACACGACUAACCAGUGCGUCUAAUUUGGAUAACAAGAAACCCAUGUCUCCAAUGGGGAAAGGAUUACCUUCGGCAGUUGAUGUUCUUAGAAAGCAGUUGAGUAUUUCUGAAUCUACAAUAAAGGAUCUUAGAGAAGAAGUACGUUUGUUACAAAAUACUGUUGAACGGAUUUCAGCAGAAAACCAAGAAUUGAAAAUUAUGUUGCAGUUAAAACCACAGACUAAACCUUCUGACAUAGUCGUAAAUGGUUGUACCGGAAGUGAAGAAAUUGCAGAACUUGCGCCAUCGCUUGAUGUGAAAUGUGUCAUAGCUCGUCCAAAUCAACGACCUGCUUCAAUGUAUGAAACCAGAGAAGGGUUACGUAUGCCAACAACAUGGAGUACAAACCUCAGUCAGACAAAGAGAGAAUCAGAUUCUUUUACACGACCAUGUACAACUCAGAGCCUUUGGGAAUAUAGUGGAACAAAUCGUCCUCCUCGUGAAGAAGUUACCAGGCGAACAGGUCAAGUUACAAAACGAAUCCAAGAAUUGUGGAUGGCAAUGCAAGACCCCAGCCGCAGAGAAACGUUUGUACCUUGUGCAGAGAAAAUACGGGUAGCUGUGGCCGAACUUACAGCAAUCUUUCCUCAAAAUCCAGUGGAGGAGAAUGUGAGAGCAGCUUUACGACAAUUAAGCGGUAAUACUGGUCGACUUCAAGCCGAAUGUUCUGGUCUUCAACGAUGUACAAGCGAUCCCGAUCAUAUGGAUCGUUGUUUACAACAAGUUCGCUCAUGCGCUUAUGAUAUUGCCAAAGCUACAAAACUUCUUGUCACUCAAUUUCAAAAUUCUUAAUUUUUGAUAUAAAUGAUCAGAAUCAUAGUUACUAACAAUUGUAUUAAUUAUUUGAUUUUAAGGUAUUUCUCUAAGGUGCAGUUUUUUGAAAAUUUAAAGAAACAAAUAGCGUAAUUGUUAUGUGGUAUAAUAAAAUGCUCAUACUAAUUGUAAGAA